AUGUUAGUAUUAUUUGAAACAUCAGCAGGUUUUGCCUUAUUCAAGGUUUUGGAUGAAGGUAAAAUGAAAUCAAAACCAGUUGACAUCAAUAACUUUUUCGAAACCCCAGAAAAAGCUUCCUCAUUUGUUUCAUUAAAGAAAUUUUAUAAAUUUGAUGGUACAUUAGAUGCAUUAGAAGCACAAACUGCAAUUGCAGAAUGUAAAGUUCCAGAAUCAUUAUCAAACUUUUUAAAAAAGAAUGUUGUUAGUGAGAAAUUAAAUGAACAAUUAAUUGUUAGUGAUAGUAAAUUUGGUAAUGCAAUCAAGGACGCAUUAAAUAUCAAAGUUUUAUGUGAUGAUACUACUCAAGAGUUGAUUAGAGGUAUUCGUUUACAAUUGAAAUCAUUGGUCAAUGCAAAUGAACAAGAUUUGAAUGCCAUGUCAAUUGGUUUAUCACAUUCAUACAGUAGAUAUAAAUUAAAGUUCUCACCAGAUAAGGUCGAUACAAUGAUCGUUCAAGCCAUCUCAUUAUUGGAUGAUUUGACUACCGAAAUCAACAUUUACGCAAUGAGAGCUCGUGAAUGGUACGGAUGGCAUUUCCCAGAGUUGGGUAAAUUGAUCACCAAUCAUACCCAAUACGCCAACGCCAUCAAGGCAAUGGGUAACAGAAAGUCUGCUGUCGAUACCGAUUUCACCGAUAUCCUCCCAGAGGAAGUUGCCGAAGAAGUUAAAGAAGCCGCUCAAAUCUCUAUGGGUACUGAAAUUUCACCAGAGGAUCUCGAUCAUAUCUUUGCCCUUUGCGAUCAAUUCCUUUCCAUUCAAGCUUACCACACCGAAUUAACCGAGUACCUUAAAUCUCGUAUGGAAGCUAUCGCUCCAAAUCUUACAAUUUUAGUUGGUGAAAUCGUUGGUGCUCGUUUAAUUUGUCGUGCUGGUUCAUUGAUGAAUUUAGCCAAAUAUCCAGCUUCAACCAUUCAAAUUCUCGGUGCUGAAAAAGCCCUCUUCCGUGCCCUUAAAACUAAACAUAACACUCCAAAAUAUGGUCUCAUCUAUAAUGCCAAGAUCGUCGGUGAAGCUUCAUUAAAGAACAAAGGUAAAAUGUCUAGAGUUCUCGCCGCUAAAGCUGCUUUAUCCGCUCGUUUCGAUGCUCUCUGUGAAGUCAGUGAUACAAGUUAUGGUAUCGCUUACAAAGGUGCUGUUGAUCGUAGAGCCGCUGCUAUUGAAGGUCGUGAAGUUAGAAAAUCAUUAAAUGCCGUCAAACCAGAGAAAUCUGGUAAUGUCGCCAAAUAUGAUCAUACUAAAUCUGCCACUACAAAUACCACCAGAGAUGUUGCCACUAAAUCCUCAAAAGAAUCAUCAAUUAAACAAGAGAAACAAGACGUUAAAAUGGAAGAAGCCUCAUCAUCUGACUCUGACUCAUCAUCCGAUUCUGAUUCCUCUGAAGAAGAAAAAUCAAAAAAAUCAAAGAAAUCAAAGAAAGAAGAAACUCCAGUUGCCAAAGAGGAGAAGAAAGAAAAGAAAUCAAAGAAAGAAGAAACUCCAGUUGCCAAAGAGGAAAAGAAAGAAAAGGAGGAAAAGAAAGAAAAGAAAGAUAAAAAAGAAAAGAAAGAAGAAAAAGAAGAUAAAAAAGAAGAAAAGAAAGAAAAGAAAGAUAAGAAAGAAAAGACUGAAGAAACUCCAGUCGCCAAAGAAGAAAAGAAAGAAAAGAAAGAAAAGAAAGAAGAGAAAGAAGAAAAGAAAGAUAAAAAAGAAAAGAAAGAAAAGAAAGAAGAAAAAGAAGAAAAGAAGGAAAAGAAAGAAAAGAAAUCAUCAUCAAAAGAAGAUAAAAAAGAAAAAGAAGAAAAGAAAGAAAAGAAAUCAUCAUCAAAAGAAGAUAAAAAGAGAAAGGAUAGAGAUGAAGAACCAGAAGAAAAAAAAUCAAAAAAAUCAAAAAAAUAA